CUGAAAUAUGGGACAGAAGACGACGUAGUUAUGUUGUCCCAUCUACACUAGUCCAUGGUAUAAAACUUGUAUAUCCCAUGUUUAGGGGAUUUGUGCAACAGGAUACCCAAGAGUUUCUCCGAUGUCUAAUGGAUCGAAUGCAUGAAGAAUUAAAAGAACCGCUACCGACUUUUGAUGAUGAUGACGACGAAGAAGAUGAACCCAAAACUGUUCACACAUUAGGGCAUCGUAGAGAACGAUCGCGCGAGUUGGUUGUGUUACCAGACAGUGAGACUCAUUCACUGAGUCCCGGCAGUGCCGAUACACUGAGUGUUUCCGGCAUUCGUAUUUGUGAUCAUUGUUUGAAAGGUACAAAAUGCACUGUGCAAGAAUGUACGAAAAGUAGUACAAGCAAGAAACAUAAGAAAAGAGAUAAAGGUCGGAAGAACAAAAACCAUCCGGAUACAAAUAAAGAUAAAUGCGAGAAGUGUGCUUGUGAAAUUAAACUGGGAGGGGGUAGUGGAAAUGAUGUACAAUCACGGAGUACAGAUGUGACUGAUACUGUGGAAACUAAGGCACAAAAGGAAGAAUCACAACGAAGUCCAAGGAAAGGAGACUUACAUGGACGUAAAGAGUUUGGUAAAAGGAAAAAGAAGAAAUCAAUCACUUAUAGAAGUGUGAUAUCAGAUAUCUUUGAUGUUGUCCAGCACCAAGGAAACAUUUCAAGACUUGUCACUGCCCAUUCCAG